AUGACUCCCAAUGAGCAACAGUUUGAACAACGACCUCAUCGGCCUAAAAGGGCAUUAUCAAAAAUUAGUGACGACAAUGUUUUAGGGAUUUCUUGGAAAGAAGAACAGGAAUUACGCAAAGCCAUGUAUGUUUCUCUUAGAGAUCAACAACAAACAAAUUCGGAUUCUAGUCCUUGCAAUCACCUCAUGACAUUACGUUUCCAGUUGGUAAAACAACCAAGUAUAUCAGGACCUAGCAGUACGAAAUUGAGCUUAGCAAAGCCACGGUCAACCAUUCAGUUUAAGCAUGCUAGAAAACAAAUUCGCUCAAAAUUUGUCUCUGGGAAUACCAUCUUUUCUAAAACUAGAAACGCUUCCGAGAGAUCUCCAGAUAAAGAAAUAUUUAAAUGUGAUUCAAACAGCAAUAAAACAAAUAUUGAAUCGACCUAUGAAAAUCACAAACAAUAUGUUGUAAAUACUUCACAAAACACUAGCCACAUUUGCUUACGAAAUUUAUACCAUAGAAGAAAUCCAACUAAUCAAAUUAAUGUCAACAAUCAGUUGAUUGAUAACGAUGCUAACAAGCAAACCCUAUCUAGUUCUGAUGAAACAUUUGAAGUGAACAAUUUAUCAUCAGAUCCUGUUUCAUUCAACUAUAGUCGACGUCCUACUUUGAUGACUGCUUCAAAUUACUUGAAAUCAAAUUCAACUAACACGAAUAGUAAUCAACGGAAACCUGUUAUUAAAAAAAGUCCUAAUUCAUCAACUUCAAGAAAUAGUUCUUUCCGAUCGGAGAACAUUGAUACAUUCGCUACAUGCAGCUCUCCGAAGAAAUCGAUGCACAGUUUUAAAAGAAGAUCAAAACCACUGAUUAAUUCAGUCAGUCAAUUAUUACCUAUUACAGAACCUGAUGAAAACACGUCUAAAUGUUUUCCAAACCUUUAUUGUGAAAAUGAUUUCCAGUUGCUUUCAAAAUCACCAUGUGAACCUUGGCGAGAUGACACUGGUCGACUUGCUUCAGUGCAUGAUUUCAUUAACUUUGUAUGCUUUCACGAUUGCUCAAUGACUGGAGAUCCUAAUACAGAAUGGUUCGCUAGUCCCUACAGUAUGCACAGUCUACCUGUGCCACGUACGUUACAAAGUAAUCUAGGGCCAUCUAACUCCGACCAUAAUAAUAAAAUGUAUUCCAAGACCCCCAACAUAUCAACUCAGCGCAAAAGUUACGAAUCUUCUAACUUACACCGUAUUAUCAACGUUGCAGAUCGUCAAUCUGUUAAACGUUCACCAGUCACUAGGUCAACCAGUUUAUGCGUGGCCAAAAAGCUUGCAUCUAUUCAACCAUCUCCAGCUGUAUAUUCUUCAAAAUCACUCAUUUCUUCACCUUUAAAAAUGGGUGUACCUGAUAAUUGCUUUUUUUCGCCACAACUGCAUCCUUUCAAACAAGUAAAUUUAAGAGCAUGGAACACUAAGUUGAAUCUAUAA